AUGACCUUCUUCACAUUCGGAAAGUCCCUGCGACCGUCUAUUCAUUCAAUCUCGCUUGGCCUACAACAACGAUAUCUCUCCGAUUCGGCACGUACGAAGAUUGCCUCAGCUAUCGCCGCUCGACCUGUAGUCGUUUUCAUGAAAGGAACUCCUUCGUUUCCUCAAUGUGGAUUCUCUCGAGCUGUUGUCCAACUACUCGACCUACACUCUGUCUCUCCCGCAAAACUUCAGACUUACAAUUGUUUAGAGGAUCAGGAACUUCGUGAAGGCAUCAAAGAAUUCAGUGAUUGGCCUACCAUCCCACAGGUAUAUGUAGAUGGAGAAUUCAUGGGAGGAUGUGACACGAUGAUGGAAAUGCACAAGUCUGGCGAACUUGAACGGUUGGUGGUGGACAAAAAGUUGGCCGAGCCCCAAUCAUCACCGUCAGCCGCUUAACAAAAUGAUCAAAACAUCUCAAUCAUCAUUAGUCAAGUUUCCAGCCAUGAGAUAAGUCAACAUCAAGUAAGAAUCAGAUAGCCCUUAAAUAUGUGCAAAAAUUACUCUAUAGCUUCUUUGCGCCU